UUGCUUACAAUCCUGGAAAACGAAAGACUUUAUGUCCAGCCAUCCCCACCUGGACACUGUGCCAACUCACAGAAGCUCUCCAUUACCUACCGUCCAGCUCUCCUCAUCUCUCUUUCUGGCCUUCUAUAAUAUCUCCACCAGCGCUCUGUCGUCUCUUUCUGUUUUCGUUUCUUCUGUCACCUUCGCUCCCCAGCCUCUACCUGGCGAUCACCUUCCUCAGCGCCUCCCUUUGGUAAAUUCAGCAGCCAUGGCCGAGGAAGAACCCAAGACGGUGCAGCCCCAGGCCCCGUCGGAGCCUCCUCCGGCGGAGACCCCGAAGGACGUCGCGGAGGAGAAGCCCCUGAUCCCGCCGCCUCCCGAGGAGGAGAAGCAGCCCACCGCGGAACCCAAGGCCCUCGCCGUCGUCGAAAAGCCUGCUGAGACUGUUAAAGAGAAAGUAGAGCCUGCUGAGACUGUUAAAGAGAAAGUCUCCGAAGGCUCUGGUCACCGAGAUAGGGAGCUCGCGAGAGUCGAAACAGAGAAGAAGAUGUCUCUCAUCAGAGCAUGGGAAGAAAGUGAGAAGUGCAAAGCUGAGAAUAAGGCUCACAAGAAAUUAUCUGCUAUUGGGGCAUGGGAGAACAGCAAAAAAGCAUCUGUAGAAGCUGAGCUGAAGAAAAUUGAGGAAAAGUUGGAGAAGCAGAAGGCAGAAUAUGUGGAGAAAAUGAAGAACAAAAUUGCCGCCUUCCACAAGGCCGCAGAGGAAAAGAGGGCGCUCAUAGAAGCCAAACGAGGGGAGGAUAUUCUCAAGGCAGAGGAAUUAGCCGCCAAGUACCGUGCCAAAGGGACCACUCCCAAGAAGCUCCUCAGUAUUUUUUGAGGCUGAAGAUUUUUUUUGGCCAUGUUGUGUAAUCAUCAAUACAUACUGUAAAUGUUAUUUUGUUUGGGUUUCAUUUGUCAGGCUAUUACAUCAUCCGAGUGCUCGUCAUGGUUUUGACAUUUGCUGCUGAUUUGGUGUUAGUCGCAUUGUUGGUAGCUGAUUCUUCUUUGGGUGUACAUGACAGUUCUGUCAAACAUGUAAGAAACGUGUAUAAGUACAGUUUAUGAACUUUGUGUGGACAAGGGUUUGCUUUAGA